ACAUGGCAUAUUCUUCUGAAACAGGAAAGAAUCGGAGGCUGAAGCAGGCAAAAGAAGAAGCCCAGGCAGAGAUUGAACAGUACCGCCUGCAGAGGGAGAAGGAGUUCAAAGCCAAGGAAGCAGCGGCCCUUGGAUCUCAUGGCAGCUGCACCACUGAAGUUGAGAAGGAGACCCAGGAGAAGAUGAGUGUAAUCCAGCAGAACUUCCAGAAGAAUCGUGAGGCAGUCCUCUCCCAGCUGCUGUCACUAGUGUGUGACAUCAAACCUGAAAUCCAUGUGAAUUACCGCAUCAAUGGGUAGUAGUGGAAGAAUGGAUAAGCAUACUAGAAACGCUGGCGGUAACAUCUGAGCUUCAGGUGGAAUGUACAGCCCAUAGCCAUACCUUAGCUGUUCUUCUUGUAAAGGUGUUAAAUUAUUUCAAUGAGUUGCAGGUUAUCAAUAUCUUGUUGGAGUUCUGUUUGCCUCUUGACAUAGAUUCAGAGCUUAUUCAAACAUUAAAUGGCCAUGUCUCAGAUCUGUGCUAACUUGUGAAAUAAAUAUUCAAGUUGGCGCUCCCUUUUUUUCCCCUAGGUAGUAUUCAGUAAGCAGCUUUCCUCUGAGAAGUGGAAAAGGGAGACAGAGGUUUGCCAGGUUUGAAUGGAGAGCCUGCGUCAGUAUUUGUUAGAUCUGUGUUACUGUAUUCCUGUAGACCAAAAUGUAUCUUUUGAUGUGUGGUUAACCUUCAUAUAGGAUUAAGCCUAGUAAGAAGAAUUCUUCAGCUGUGUGGUACUGGCUGGUAAUCUUCAGGUGCUUAAGUUUCUCUGUAUUGAAUAUCCUCUGUAUAUUUUACUGUUAGCUUGAGUUACAAGUCUGGCGCUAUGACACUUGAAAGUAAAACACUUAUUUAACUCUAAA